AUGAGUGGCGCCACCCCUGAAGGAUACGUUCCGCCCAUAGAGGCAAUUUACCAAUUGCUGGAUACCUUUGGUGAUUUAUGGAAACGAAUCCGCAAUCUGGAUACCGAUGAUAAUGAAGUUGCUGAUGUGAUUGUAUUAGGAUCGGUCUAUCCAAACGCAAAGUUGCUGUCGGCAGAAAUCGCCUCGGCCAUUCACUCAAGACUCUGGUUUACGUACCGAGCAGGGUUUGAGCCCAUCGAGAGGGCAGAGAGCGGGCCGGGACCUUUGACGUUUGCUCGAUCUAUGAUUUUCAAUGCAAGUCCCAAUAACACCAUUGGCGGCUUAUUCAAUAACCUGACGUUUUUGUCGGAUGUUGGCUGGGGAUGCAUGAUCAGAACAUCCCAGUCAUUAUUGGCCAACGCGUUGCAGCGGGUAGUACUAGGCCGGGACUACCAGCACGAGAUACCUUCAGCAGAGCUCGAUGAGAUACUUGCACUUUUCGCAGAUGACUAUAAAAGUCCGUUCUCGUUGCAUAACUUCAUCCAGGCUGCGUCGAGACUGCCUUUGCAGGUGAAGCCAGGCGAGUGGUUUGGGCCCAGUGCAGCAUCUCUAUCGAUCAAGAGGCUUUCUGAUUCGCUUACGGUCACAAAUUUGCCUAAACUCAAUGUCUAUAUUGGCGAGAAUGGGGGAAUGUGUGAUAAAGACAUAGAAGCGGAGUUUGCAAAGGAGUCUGCACCGCUCUUGGUUCUAUUACCCAUCAGACUUGGAAUCAAUAAUAUCAACGCUAUCUACCAUGCUAGCUUGUUGCAGCUUUUGGCAUUGAGGCAGUCAGUGGGCAUUGCCGGAGGCAAGCCUUCGUCCAGCUACUACUUUUUUGGCUACCAAGACCUCGACUUGCUCUAUUUGGACCCCCACCACUUACAACCGGUAUCUGAGGACUACGAAACCUACCACACAUCCCGCUGCCUAACACUUCCUAUUUCGCAGUUGGACCCUUCCAUGCUCGUUGGCCUUUUGUUUGAGAAUCUUGACGAUUAUCACUCAUUCAAGCUGGAAGUUCACCAUACCAACAAGAUCGUACAGUUCCACGACCAUACUCUGAGAAAGAAGUCGUUUGUGGAUCGCGGCGAUGACUAUGUCAAGGUUAGGCGGGAAACAGACACGGUCAACAUUGACGACUUUGUUGACAUUGGUGACGAAUUUUCCGAUGAAGAGAUUGGCUAUGACCUUUCAGAUGAAGACAUUGUCGACUGUGGAGCACUAUCCGUCGCUUAG